GAGGUGGGGUGAUGCUUGGCGUGCGCCGUGGUGACGAUGGUUACUGAUUGCUACCAACCUGUUCCCAGGUCACUUGCGGGAAGCCCCUUCCCCUCUCAUGAUGCAUUCCCCACAGAUGCCGCAGUUCCAGGGUUUGGUCCACCAGUCGCCACCUCAACAAACUAUCCAGCCAAAAAAGCAGGAGAUGAGAGCUGCCUCCGUCGUCCAGUCCCAACCCAUGGUGGUGAAGGAGGAGAAGAUGCAUUCGCCCGUCAUCCGUAACGAGACCUUCAGCCCCCCGUUGAGGCAAGAUCCACCCAAACACCCGGAGAACAUCAAACCCCCCGCUCACAUCCCACAACGGACGGAGAUGAAACCCAUGGAAGGGGGAAGACCCGUUAUCAGACCCCCGGAGCAGAACCCACCCCCACCAGGAGUGCAGGAGAAGGAGCGGCAGAAGCAGGAGCCCAAAACCCCCGUUGCCCCAAAAAAGGACCUGAAGAUCAAGAACAUGGGGUCCUGGGCGAGCCUGGUGCAGAAGCAUCCCACGACCCCGUCCUCCACGGCCAAGUCCUCCAGUGACAGCUUCGAGCAGUUCAAGAGGGCGGCCCGGGAGAAGGAGGAGAGGGAGAAGGCGCUGAAGGCUCAGGCGGAGCAAGUGGAGCGGGAGAAGGAGCGGAUGCGGCGGGAGCAGGAGAGGAUGAGGAGCCGGGAGGAUGAGGAUGCCAUGGAGCAGGCGCGCCGGGUGCACGAGGAGGUGCGGCGGCGCCAGGAGCAGCAGCAGCAGCAGCAGCAGCAGCAGCAGCAGCAGCAGCAAGCGGCAGCAGCGGCAGCGGCGGCAGCAGCGGCUCCCCAAGCCCAGAGCUCCCAGCCCCAGUCUUCCCAGUCCAUGUUGGAUCAGCAGCGGGAGAUGGCCCGGAAGCGGGAGCAGGAGCGGAGGCGCCGGGAAGCGAUGGCGGCGACGAUCGACAUGAAUUUCCAGAGCGAUUUAUUGGCCAUCUUUGAGGAAAACCUUUUCUAACGGCGCCGGCGGCUCCGGGUUUUGUUCCUCCCGAUUUGACUCUUUCCAAGGAAAAAAAAACUAAAAAAAAACCAGAAAAAAAUUCCCAGAA